CUCAGCCUCACUGUGAAGGGGGCCGUCCCUGUUGGUGAAGAUCAGCCCCGAAGGCCCACCUAGUGAUCGUUUGAAGAUAUCACCCAUUUAGACGAUAGUUUAACUCGACUGUGUGACUGACUCAUAAAGAGAAGUCGAAGGCUGUUUGUAAAUAGUUGCUUGGCCAAGAUGGAUGUGUUUAUGAAGGGUUUGUCUAAAGCAAGAGAGGGGAUGGCUGUGGCUGCAGAGAAGACCAAGGAAGGAGUUGAAUUUGCGGCUGAAAAGACUAAAGAAGGAGUAAUGUUUGUAGGUAACAAAGCCAAAGACAGUGUGGGCUCAGUGGCUGAGAAGACCAGUGGGGCUAUGGGGAACAUCGUUGCUGCCACUGGCCUGGGGAAGAAGGAUGAGUUCCCUGCUGACAUGAAUCCUGAGGAGUAUGGGCAGGAGGCCAUGGAGGGCCACGGAGAGGGAAUGCUGGAGGCAGAAGGGGAGACAUAUGAUGAGUCCCACCAGGAGAGCCAGGACUACGAGCCAGAAGCAUAAAAGUACCAGUUUGAGUCAACAUCCAACCAGCAGCACAAUAAUAUUUCUAAUAAUUACAAGGACAAAUGCUGAAACUAUUACAAUUAUAACCCCGUUGCAAAAACAAACAAACAAAAAAAAAAAAA